CAAUUUUACUGUGUUUUGCUAAUGGAAAAAGAAAACUUUGGUAAAUACAAAUAAAUUUUGUGCGUAGUGGCGAGCUUGUGAACUGUGAUCGGUCUUAGACCAAAAAAGAACACUUGUGAUCGCUCUGUAGCAUGGGGAUCGGACAUUUGUAAACUCCGAGGACAUAUGUGCACUCAUCCUGCGUUGUUUGUUUGCUGCUUCUUUUCCUUUUCUGGGCAGAUAAAUAUUUAGGGCUUUUGUUGUUGACUCAAUGUGUUCGAGCGCCGAAGCUUUGGCACAAUUGCACUAGGGCUUUGCGCGCUUCUGUACUCUCUGGCCUUCCAUAAGAAAAUCGAAGCUCUUGAAGCCCAAAAUCAUGAAGAGAAAGCGUCAGAUAUCUGGCUCUGGAGCGGAAGUAGACUCUUGUCCAAGAAAGUGCAACAUCAAUGACAAGGAUCACAUCAGUAAAUUGCCAGAUGAUGUUCUUCAUACCAUUGUCUCAUUAUUGAGUAUGAGGGAUGCUGUACACACGAGCGUAUUAUCACGUAGGUGGAAGAACAUGUAUGCAUACAUGUCAAAUCUCGAGUUCGAUUGGCAUGACAUAAUCUCCACACCAGCUGAUUCAACUCCUGGAACGGUUUGCAAGAGGAAAGUGCGCUGUUUUCUAGCAAGACUAGAAAGAUUCUUAGCAUGUCAUUUGGGCACGAAGGUUGUCUCCUUCAAGGUUUCAUGUUGCUUUGGAAAUACGUACGCUCGUCAGAUCAAUGACUGGAUUAGUUUUGCCAUUAGAAAGGGCGUUGAAAAUCUUGAUCUUGCCUUUACUUGUGACAAACCAGCUGAGCGCAUCGAUUGGAGAAUCAUUGACUAUUAUCAUUUUCCUACUCAGCUCCUUUUGCAUGGUGAAGAAUCCAAAUUAAGGCAUCUUUCCUUGCGCUCAUGCACACUUCAGUCAGAUUUUUUUGAUCGAUUUAGCACCUUAUCAACUCUUGUGUUGUGUGAUGUAAAUCUCGCUGGACAUGUUGAGCCACAUAUAUUUUCUUCUUGUUCAAACCUUGAGUGUUUAACAUUGCAAUGGUGUUUUGGAUUAGAAAGAUUGUGCAUAGGUGAUUCUCUUCGUCGUUUGAAGGUGCUGGUGGUGAGCCUCUGUGAAGGGUUAAAGGGGAUUGAACUCAGUGCCACCAAUCUUACCAGUUUCCAAUAUAAGGGUGAUGAUAUAGAACUCUCUUUCCAAAGGGUUCCCAAUCUGGGGGAACUAUAUGUUAUGAUGAAGGACACUGAUGUGGUUUCUACUUUUGCUCAGCUUGAGAAAGAACUUCCUCAUGUCAAGAGUAUGACAGUUGCCAAAAGUCGUGCGCGUAAGAAAAAGUUGGAAUCGCUGACCAUUCAACAAGGGCCAGCAGUUGCCGGUGUUUCACGUGAUAUCCAAAGGAUCAGCUCUGUCCUAGGAGCUUUUCUCCUGCUUCAGAAAUUCCAUUUGACCUCGAAUCUUCACUACAUCAAUUGUGGUUGUAGAUGUCUAAUAUAAACUUUUGCUGCUUCAGAUCAUGCGGCGUUGUCAUUUAUAGUUGCUGUCUAAAUUACUUGUCCAGAAUCCAGAAGUGCAGUUUCACUUGUCCACAGAAUUAGAGAUCGUUCUUUUUCUGCAAUUUAUCUAGGUCAGGGCAGCUGUAUGUUAACUCUUAGCUGGGGUGUAUGCGAACUGUAGUUCUUAGCUGUUAUGUAAUGAUGGAUUUCUGGUUGACUGUUUGUACAAUUUUGCUUCAUUUUUUUUUUCCCUAA